AUUUGCCCUUGCCUCACUUCUCAAGUUUUUAAGUCCACCCCAACCUCACUCCUCCUCCCCUCAUUCAAUCCAAGAUCUCACAAUCACAGUUCACAGAUCAGAUCUACCCACCCAAUACAAGAUACCAAAUCCCAAAAUGAGCAUGUACGGCCGCGAUCCCUGGGGCGGCCCCCUCGAGAUUAAUGCCACCGACUCCGCCACCGACGACGACCGCAGCCGCAAUCUCCAGGACUUGGAUCGAGCUGCCCUUUCUUCUUCUCGCCCCUUGGAUGAGACCCAGCAGAGCUGGUUGCUCGGCCCUGGUGAGCAGAAGAAAAAAAGGUAUGUUGAUUUGGGCUGCAUCAUUGUCAGCCGCAAGAUCUUCCUCUGGACUGUCGGUGCCCUCCUCUUCUCCGCCUUCCUUGCCGGUUUUGUCACCCUCAUCGUCAAGACCGUUCCCCGCCACCGCCACGGCCAUCCCCCUCCCGAUAAUUACACUCUCGCCCUCCACAAGGCUCUCAUGUUCUUCAAUGCUCAGCGCUCCGGCAAGCUGCCAAAACACAACAAUGUGUCCUGGAGGGGUAACUCCGGCCUGCAAGAUGGCAAGUCUGAUUCCUCCACUGUGAUGAAAGACCUGGUGGGUGGCUAUUAUGAUGCUGGAGAUGCCAUCAAGUUCAACUUCCCUGCAUCUUUUGCCAUGACCAUGUUGAGCUGGAGUGUCAUUGAGUACAGUGCUAAAUACGAAGCUGCUGGGGAGCUCAACCACGUUAAGGACAUCAUCAAAUGGGGCACUGACUACCUUCUCAAGACCUUCAACAACUCUGCUGAUUCCAUUGACAGGAUUGCCGCCCAGGUUGGGGUUGGAGACACUUCUGGAGGAAGUACAACGCCCAAUGAUCAUUAUUGCUGGAUGCGCCCUGAGGACAUUGAUUACCCAAGGCCUGUCUUUGAAUGUCAUAGUUGCUCAGAUCUUGCUGCAGAAAUGGCUGCUGCUCUGGCAGCUGCUUCCAUUGUUUUCAAAGACAACAAGGCGUACUCCCAGAAACUAGUCCAUGGAGCUAAAACACUUUUUAAGUUUUCAAGGGGUCAACGGGGCAGAUACAGUGCUGGUGGUUCUGACCCUGCGCUCUUUUACAACUCCAGUAGUUAUUAUGAUGAAUUUGUUUGGGGUGGAGCUUGGUUAUAUUAUGCCACAGGGAACACCAGCUAUCUUCAACUUGCUACUACUCCUGGUAUUGCAAGACAUGCUGGUGCUUUUUGGGGAGGUCCUGACUAUGGUGUUCUUAGCUGGGACAACAAGCUAGCUGGUGCCCAGGUUCUUUUGAGCCGAUUAAGAUUGUUUUUGAGUCCUGGCUAUCCAUACGAGGAAAUCCUGAGAACAUUCCAUAAUCAAACCAGCAUAAUUAUGUGCUCGUACCUUCCAGUUUUCACAAGCUUUAACAGAACGAAAGGAGGUUUGAUACAGUUAAACCAUGGAAGGCCUCAGCCUCUUCAAUAUGUUGUCAAUGCAGCCUUCUUAGCUGCCCUAUAUAGUGAUUAUCUCGAUGCUGCAGAUACACCAGGAUGGUACUGUGGACCCAAUUUCUAUUCGACUGAUGUGUUGCGUGAAUUUGCCAGAACGCAGAUUGAUUACAUCCUUGGCAAAAAUCCUCGGAAGAUGAGCUACAUUGUGGGUUUUGGUAACCAUUAUCCAAAACAUGUGCACCAUAGAGGUGCCUCUAUCCCUAAGAAUAAGAUCAAAUAUAACUGUAAAGGAGGGUGGAAAUGGAGGGAUGCUUCAAAACCAAACCCAAAUACGCUUGUUGGAGCAAUGGUUGCUGGCCCUGAUAAGCAUGAUGGCUUUCAUGAUGUCCGUACAAACUACAACUACACUGAGCCCACUCUUGCGGGCAAUGCAGGUUUGGUUUUCGCACUUGUGGCAUUGUCAGGCGACAAAUCCACUGGGAUCGACAAAAAUACCAUUUUCUCUGCGGUUCCACCAAUGUUUCCAACUCCCCCACCACCUCCUGCUGCUUGGAAACCAUAAGAUGAUUCGAAGGUCGUCGUCCUCUCUUUCAACCAACUAGUUUGUGCAUUUUAAGUGGAAUGAUACUGCAGAGUAAUAUAUUUUCGAACCAAAGUGACCUUUUAAGGUGAAGGUAGUGCCAAGAUGAGAAAUGAGGGGCAUGGGAAAAGAGGAAAUAGGAUAUGCGCCCAGCUUUUAAGAUGGAUUCGGGAGAAGACAUUUCGAAUUGAUAGCUGGAUCUGAAAGUGUCUGUUUUCGAAUUCUGUGAUAUAUAGUGUGUAUGUAAGAUAUCGAACUUUAUUCUUUGAAAUACAUGAUUCGUGAGAAAGGGUCUGAUAUUGGUUGUAGCUAAUCUUUGACAAUUGCUUCCUCUAACUUUUUAGCCAAAUAGGAUUAUAUACAUGAGUUCUCAGAAAUGUUAGAAGGUCGCUUGUUUGAAUUAUGGGAAAUUUUCAUUUGUGUUGUAACUAAUUGUUUUUAGUUUGCAAAAAGUGGGUUAAAUGAAAAAUUAGU